AUGUGCGACAAACACGGUAUUGUGCCUGCUGCUAUACCGCAACUAAGGGCAUUGUUUAAUACCUCCGCGUUCCAAGAGGCCGCUGUUCAGUGCAUAUGUGUCCUUGGGACCCAAGUAGGAGUUGCGAUUAUGGCGAUUAGGCGGGUAUCAUUCUCAAAAUACACACUGAUAUUAGCCAUCACAGGAAUUACUGUUAUUGACAUAGGAACUGGAUAUUUGUUGCGGUAUAGUCAAAAGCUAGCUGGGCAUCAGCCUGGCGGAGGGCAUCUGCCUGGCGGAGGGCAUCAGCCUGAAGGAUUCGUGGGUUCUCUCGAACAGAAGCUGGGACCUUUCUUACCCGACAUAUUCCAUCAUAAUGAUGGGUUACCUCAUACUGGAAUAAAACUGGGUUCUUUGAGUACCACCUUACCAUACUGGCUGUAUGGAUUACGCUUUUUAGCAGGACUUAUCGCAGCCUACCCGAUUCAUUGUAUUCCUCGAUGGAUCAAUCAGUCGUCCGCUCACUCACAGGCGGCAGCCCAACAGGCGAAAGUGCAGCUAGCUGGAGUCAUGGGAACAGUCGCUGGUUAUGUAUUGGUAUUGGUCCCUCCAUUGUUAAGCUUUCCGCCAUUUCGGGGGCAUAAUUUCACGGUGAGUUUCAAGCUGGCCGGAAUAAUAUGCAGCAUCGUAGCCCUGAUCGGGCUUGUGGCCGUUAGACAGGCUGAAUUCCCCGGUAGUACUGCGGAGUUUAAUGAGCAGAUAACAUUAGACAUCCAGGAGGAAGACCAUCUUAUGGAAGGCUCUUUUGCUGGCAGCAUACUGAUGGCUGGUAGUGCGCUGGUGCAUCCCCUAUACGGCCGGCACGGAGAGAGGCCGGAGGCCGUGAUGGAUCAUUGGUAUGAUUCUUUGCUUACUUCAACCCCCAUGUACAGCAAGAUCACCACUCCCUACACCCAGGAUGAGCCCAGUUUUCUGCCGCUGGUACCAAGUACGGAGACAGGCAUUGGUCAGCAGCUGAAGGCGGCUGCAGGCAAUUUGCCAUUCGUUUGCGUCAACUUCGCAGUAUGGGUUAAUACUAGUGUGUCUCAGGCUUUAGCCUUCUGGAUUUUCACCGUGUACACCACUCGACUCAACAUAUCCAAGCCGCUAGCUCUUACGGGUAUUACAUCUGUAUUCGGUGUGGGCACAAUUCUCGGGCUCAGUCUUGCUAGUCUCUUGAAGUUCAAGGACGUAGAAACCAUUCGGCGGGAUCGAGUGGAUCCCAUUAGGUUCCGGUGGAUCGCUUUGCUCUCCGGCUUAACAUGCACUGCCGGAUCAGUCUGUGCCGUAACGAUGGGAGUCAAUAGAGGAUUCGUACUCUCUACCCUCACCAUGACUUUAUCCGUGCUUUUUGGUUCUGCGGUAAUCCCCAUAGCCCAGGCCACUAUUGCCUCCUGUCUGCCGAGCUAUCUUGAAGACACGGCUUACGGCGUCUACCAAACCGUAUUCCAAUCAUCGUGGUUCUUUGGUCCUUUACUUCCUGUGGUAAUUGCAUGGCUUUGCGGGGGUCAAGCGGAGGUUGAAGGAUUUCGCGGGGUAAUGUUGCUGCCGGUUUUAGCCUUCGUUGCAUGUUUGGUAUCUUACAGACAUGUGGCUGCUCGGGCUACUCUGAAGCGCAAUGUAAAAAAAGAGUUUCAGAGUGAAGGUGUCGACGACGAAACGCUGGAACUCUCUUCGCAUCUGAACAAAACCUCUUUAUCAUCUGACACCCACGCUAGGCUCUUGGCGAAUCAGAUCGAAGAAGCGCAAACAGCCACACAACUGAGCUUGGUCCAACCUUGA